UCGUCACGUACACAUCCGCAACAGCAUCAGCUGUGCAGAGUUGGACGAGCAGAAACCCAAACAAUGCUGACGUUACCAAAAUUAUGCUUUAAAACGCUACCGAAUUUCACAUUGUACGUAAAAUGUACACAACUGCGAAGCGAAAUUUCUUCAUGAAAUAGUAUUUAAUGCGUUUCGUCAUACUAUUCGUUAACCAGCCAACUCAAACACCAACUGCCUUAGAUUUCAACAAUUUGUCUUUGCUUGUACAACUGGCGCCUUCUAUUUGUGAUAACAAUCGAGCCCCAGAUACCCGGUCUCACAGCUAACAAAAAGUAGCUGAUCUAUUUAUUUAGCAACUUUGCUCAAUUCAUUACCGAACAGAAGUGAAAGCGAAUUGCAUCAUGUUCUCGCAUUCGGGCCAUGUUAUGACGCUUGCGAAUAGCAUUAUUGGUGUCGGCAUCUUGGCCAUGCCUUUCUGCUUCCAGAAGUGCGGCAUUAUCCUGUCAAUAGUAUUACUGAUACUCAGCAAUUGGAUCACACGCAUCUGUUGUCACUAUCUGAUCAAAACUUCGCUGCUGACACGUCGCAAAAGUUUCGAGAUGCUUGGUCUUCACGCUUUCGGCACAUCCGGUAAACUUCUAGCAGAACUCUGCAUCAUUGGUUAUCUGAUAGGCACAUGCAUAACGUAUUUUGUUGUCGUCGGCGACCUGGGACCGCAGAUUGUCGCCAAGCUAUUCACAUUGGAGAUUGCGGAAUACCAACAUCUGCGCACCUUGGUCAUGUUUGCGGUGACCGUCCUGUGCAUUGUGCCGCUGGGCAUGCUGCGCAACGUAGACAGCUUGUCGGCUGUCUGCACUGCCUCCAUUGGAUUCUAUGUUUGCCUAAUGUUAAAGAUUGUGCUCGAGUCCGAGUCGCACAUUGUUGCCAACGAUUGGCCAGAGAAAGUCGUCUACUGGGAGCCAGCGGGUAUUCUCCAAUGCCUGCCCAUCUUCAGCAUGGCCCUAGCCUGCCAAAUGCAACUUUUUGAGGUUUUCGGCAGCAUAAACAACCAAAGUUUGGACAAACUAAAUGGCAUUGUACGCAAUGCGACUUGGAUUUGUACACUAGUGUACAUAGCUGUCGGCUUCUUUGGCUAUGUGGCUUUCUGCACGCACAGCUUUUCGGGCAAUAUCUUGAUAAAUCUGUCGCCUUCGUUCGGCAGUGAUGUGAUCAAAAUUGGAUUCGUGCUCUCAAUUGCAUUCAGCUUUCCUCUGGUUAUAUUUCCAUGCAGAGCCAGCAUCUACUCCUUGCUAUAUAAAAAGGGACACAUGGAGAGCACCAAUUAUAUACCCGAGCAGCGUUUCCGAUUGAUAACACUCUUUAUCGUUUUCUUCUCGUUUUGUGUGGCGCUCGUAAUUCCCUCUGUGGAGCUAAUCAUUGGCUUGGUCGGCUCCACUAUAGGCGUUGCCAUUUGCAUUAUGUUCCCGGCGUCAAGUUUUCGACAAAUCAUUAGAAAGGAAUCCACGGAACGCACCUUGGCACAGUUUGUGUUUGUCAGCGGCUUUUGCCUGAUGAUACUUGGCACAUAUGCCAACCUGAACGCCAUCGAUGCUCAGAGCUCUGGGCCGCAAUUCGACGGAGUGCAAGUAGUGACACCUUUGUUGCCCAACGAAAUCCCACCACCCGCUGAGGUUCCUAAUUUACAAAAUUCCGAAAUAAUCAAACACUUAGUGAAAACCAACGAGGCUGAAGUCAAAGAAGUAUUAGGAAAACUGGAAGAUAGCAAACAUGAGCGGGGCGCAGACAGCAUAAAGCCUGUCGAAAAGCCAAACAAUGUGGUCGCUGUUUCCGACAAUCCACCGAUGCCGCCACUGCCCGUCGACGAAUCCCAUGGCGUGGAUUCGAAAAACGAACCGCCACCAGAAAAGUCUGAAAGUUUAACAAAAGAAGAACCCAAACCAGCAGCAAAAGAAACAAAAUUAGUUGUAAAGAACAACGUGACUAGAACAGAUGAGGCUGCAGUGAAUGUGGCACCCGCUAAGCAAGAAGUUUCUCAGCCCAUGGAAAUAGCUGCACAGCAGACCAUAGAUGGUGCAGCCAUCAAAAAGGAGGAGGAAAUUACGGCUGAGGAGCAAAAGGAUAAAGCGAAUGCAGACGAUUUGCUUAAAACAGAAAAAGAGCUUAAAGAGAAAAUGGAGCGGUUGGGUCGCACCGUGGACAAGCUAAACGAGGAGUUGGCAAAACAGAAGCCACAGAGUCGAGAUACAAUGAAAUUUUUGGAACGUAGCGUGGACAAAAUAAACGAUCAAUUGGCCAAUCAAAGCCCCAACGAUCCGAAACCUUUGGCUGUGAAUGAACUGGCUGAAGCACUGAAUCAGGUCAAAGAAACUAAUCGACUGCAAGAUGACAAAAACAAUAAAGAACAAAAGCCACAACUGAAACCACAGUCCCAACCACAAGAGCCGCAGCAGCAACCACAACCACAACCCCAACAGCAACCACCGCAACCCCAACUGCAACCACAACCCCAAUUGCAACCACAAACUAAAGAGGUCAACAACACUAUAAAGGAACGCAAGCCGGCUUCACUAAUGGAAAUGCUAACUGAGAACGCACAUGCGCGAGAGGAGCAUGAAGCCCAUGCCGGCGUCUUUGAGCCACUCUCUUACAAAACGGGUGAGCUCCUCAGGAAUGCAAGUGGCGAUGCGCCAUUGCUGGCCCAACGUCUACCACUGCCUUUGGCGCUGCUGGCCAAUUCAACCAAGACACGAACUAACAGUACCUUAGCUGCCGAGCUGACGGCCAACAAGUCAGUCGAUGCCGAAAACGUGGAAGCCAUCAGGCGAGAGCUGCUGCAAUUGAAAGACCAACAGAUAACGACAACGGCACAGCCUGCGGUGCGCGUCAAACGCGACGCCGAUGGCAAUGACAAUUGUCUCCCCGAGCCAAAACUGGACGUAGUGAAAAGCGGCGCAUUGGUCGGUCUCAGCCUGCAAGUGGAAAAUAUGGGACGUGAACUGAAGUCCGUUAAGGAUGACGAUCUCGAGAGACCGACCUCCACACCCAACACAGACACUGACACUGACACAGACACAGAUGAUAAAAGGCUAAUAAGUGCGCUGAACUGAACUGCAAGCACUAUGUACAUCAAAACAUGAUGUAAAAUAUUACAUACACAUGUACAGCUCCAGAAUUAUGUUCACCGGGCCAAUAAGCUUUAUGUACAUAUAUAUUAUUAACUUAUUUAUAUUGAAGAAAAUGUAUUAAUUUAGUGUCUAGCAGAAGA